GUGAGUGAAUCUGAGCCAAACAAGCCUGCUCCACUUGAGUCACUGGUUACAGACGACCAACUGUGGAAUAAUCUGUUUGCAGUUUUCUUCAUCAGCGAAGCUGUAAAAGGUAGUCUCUGCAAACUCUUCCAUAACCUUUUCACCUUUUAAACUUUUUGCCUACCCCUAACAAACCAUUACAAAAGAUAAAAUUGCCAUGUCGACAGAAAAAGCGAUGUCCUAUACAUCAAAACUUCCUGUGUGGUGGAAUGCAGAGCCACCUCCGCGGAAAUUGGAAAUUGACCUGAGUUCACCUGGAUUAGCUGUGUUUGAGUUGGAAAAACUCUUGUAUACUGGCAAAGCCAUAAUCAGUCAUGCAGAUGAAGUGUGGCCUAGGCUGUACAUUGGGGACCAACACAGUGCAGAGAACCAGGCUGAUUUGUACAAGAAUCACAUCACUCACAUCCUGAACGCAGCUCACAGUACUCGUAAGGGACAACCAGAUAUCUAUGAGGGAAUGAAGAUCACCUACAUGGGCGUAGAGGCUCAUGACUCCUGUAACUAUGACAUGAGUGUCAACUUCCAGGCAGCAGCAGACUUUAUCCAUAGAGGUCUGAGCAGAGGAGGCAAAGUGCUGGUCCACUGUCAUGUAGGAGUGAGCCGCUCUGCCACCCUGGUCCUGGCUUACCUGAUGCUGAAGCAGAACCUCACUCUCGUCGAGGCUAUUUGUGCUGUGAAAGAGAGCCGUGGUGUGAUUCCUAACCGAGGUUUCCUUCGACAGCUCAUCAAACUGGACGAGCAGCUCUUUGGCAAACAUCGCUGAAACCCGUCUAACAGUAUUACUAGUCACCUUUCACGGGUCCAGAAGAUUGAUCUUUAAUGUCAAGAUGAUGUGUUGCAUGAAAGAUUUCUUGCGAUACUUUGGGGUCUUAGAGCAUGUGAUCCUUUCUUUGGUCUUUAUUGUUAUGAACGUUAAGAUAAAAACAUUAAAUUUGUACAUGUUAAAUGGACUGAUGUUUUA